UAUACAACUUAUUCAUCGUGCUUGUUAUAAAAAUAAUUUUUAUUUGUUCGAAAAGUAUUUUAAAUUUUUUUUUGAAAGAAGCGCCAAAAAAUUGGCGUUUCUGAUGGCGCAAUGUGCAGAUUGCAGACUGCUACGAUAAGACCACGCAUAGCAGAAAGCUUUGUGCCUAGUUCGGAUGAAUGGAUUGAUCACGCACAUUCGCCAGUUGCAUUCGUUACGACGAUUUUUCUAAACUCUCCUCCAAACUAUCAUUUUCCAAGAUCUUUUUUCGUUUUACUUUGAUUAGUUGUCAAUGGCAGCAGCUUUGCUGCAAAGAGGCAGAGUUGUCAAACUCCUGGGCAGCUGCUGGAGAUACAUAGAGUACCCAAUUUUAACCUCUAACAACAGAACCAUCAUGACAAGCCGAGCGAGAUUGGAAAAAGCCGUCGAAGAGAUUCAAAAAAAUCCUUACUUUGACAAAUAUGCCCAAAAAAUUGCGAAGCUUCAGCAAACUAGCCCCGAGGAAUUCCUCAAGCGCAUUGAUGAGCAAAAGCGCAAGGAAAAGGAGCAAAAAGUUCUUUUUACUUCUUCAAAAUUGAAACAAAAACCACAAUCUUGGUGCGUUACUUCUCAUUUAUGGCGGUCCAAUGUAAUUCAAAAUCCAAAAAUGGUUAGAGCAUACUCUCAAGUCUCAAAUCCCAAUAAGUACAUUACCACACCAAUUUUCUAUGUCAAUGCUGAUCCUCACAUUGGACAUUUAUAUACUGCCAGUAUAGCUGAUGCAAUUGCAAGAUUUAAUUUGUUGCAAGGAAACAAUGUUACCUUCACAACUGGUACAGAUGAGCAUGGCAAUAAAGUAUUAAAAGCAGCUGAUCAUUUUGAUUUGAAUAUUGAUGAAUACUGUAAAUUCAUAUCCCAUAAAUUCAGGGAUAUGUGUGACACAUUUGAUAUCAGUUAUAGUAAUUUUAUAAGAACCACAGACCAUCAUCAUCAAAAAGCUGUUCAGAAAUUUUGGACUGUUCUUGAAGAAAAAGGGCACAUUUAUCCAGGUGGUUACACCGGAUGGUAUUGCACUGCUGAAGAAUCAUAUCUAACAGAAAAAGACCUUGUAGAAAAGAAAACAGAAACUGGAGAAAUUAUUAAAGUUUCAGCCGAAACAGGUCAUCCAGUUGAAUGGUCUGUAGAAGAAAAUUAUAAAUUUAAACUCAGUAAUUUUGAAGAUGAUUUAAAACACUGGCUCAAAGAUGUAAAAGUUGUGCAGCCUACAAACUUUCACAAAGUUUUGACUCAUUGGAUUGAAGAAGGUGGCUGUUCAAAUGAUUUGAGUAUAUCAAGACCAGCAGCUAGAUCACCAUGGGGUGUGCCUGUUCCAACUGAUGCCAGUCAAACAGUUUAUGUAUGGCUUGAUGCUUUGGUAAAUUACUUGUCUGCUCUGGGAUAUCCUGAUGAAAGUUACAAGAAAUUUUGGCCACCAACUGUUCAGGUGAUAGGCAAAGAUAUUCUUAAAUUCCAUGGAAUUUAUUGGCCAGCAUUUCUCAUGGCAGCUGGCUUAGAACCUCCCAAAACCAUUCUUUGUCAUUCACACUGGACAGUUAACGAUGAAAAAAUGUCGAAAUCAAAGGGCAAUGUAGUUUCACCUUUUGCAGCAGGAAAAUUAUUUACUGAUGAGGGUUUAAGGUAUUUUCUUUUGAGAGAUUCAGUCCCUCAAAAUGAUUCAAAUUACAGUUUGGAGCGAGUUCAAAAUAUUUUAAAUUCUGAGCUUGCUGACACAUUAGGAAAUUUAGUUAGCCGCUGCACCGGAAAAGUAGUAAACCCAAACGGGGAAAUACCGAGUGUAUCUGUCUAUGGUAAGACUUUAAAAUCUGAACAGGCAGAAAAAUUGCGAAAAAAUAUCGAAAGCUUAGGUGAUUCUGCUAAACAACAAUACGAGUCAUUUAUGAUUCAUCACGCUGCCGAUGUAGUUUUGGAAACUCUCCGAAGUGCUAAUCAAAUGGUCGAGUAUCAUAAGCCAUGGCAGUUGGCCAAGGAAUCUGAUAACGAAUCUUCAUCUGAAGAAUUGAAGGCAGUAAUUGCGUUGGCCAUGGAAGCUGUAAGAGUCGGUGCUAUUGCAUUACAGCCUGUUGUGCCUAAACUGAGUGGUAAAUUGUUAGAUUCUCUGCGAGUACCAAAUCAUGCUAGAAAAUGGAAGGAUACAAAACCAAAAUAUCUUAGUGGGGAAAGUAAAUCUGAGUCUGAAAAAUUUAAAAGUAAAAGUGGUAUUCUCUUUCCAAAAGUAAAGGUAGCCGCGUGAAAACCUGACGAAAAUUAGCUAUCUAAUCCACUGCCGCUAAUAAAUAAGUCAGCAUUUGUUAAGUUUAAUUUAUCUUUGUAAUAUAUGUGAUAAUAAAUAUGACGUAUUAAAGAAAAGAGGUAUUUUAUAUUUGAAAUUAAUUUAAAUUUUUUUGGAAAACAUUGAAAGGAACGUAAUGAAACAAGAAUAGUUUGUCUCAAAAUCACCCAUAUUUCUUUUAUUCAUAUAUUUACACAGUGUGAUCAUUCGAGUAUGUUUUUAGUUAAAACGUUUAUUUUUAAUACGUAACAUGGCAACGAGAGGGUUUAUAGAUAAAAAUAAUUUUGAACUAAUCCAAAAUAGUUUUAGACAUAGUAUUCAUACUUCGUUUUUGUACUUAAAAACAUCUAAUCUGAUUUUUUGGGUCAAUAACAAAUGUUUAAAACAAUCUCGCUGCAGUGCUUACUUAUCGUCAGUUUUUAAAAUUAUUUUACUUUUGUGGGAAGCUCAUCGAAUCUCAUGUACAAUUCAACCGUCCUACGUAUAUACACAACAGAUGCUCGAGAUUUAAAUAAUGAUUUAAUCUUAACAUGGCGAACUUGAAUGUCAUUAAUCGAUCUUUGGACGGCCCUUCCAAUACUCUCGCUACUUCCAAUAAACCUGGAUAUGUUCUCAGUUUUUUAUUUUAUUAGUAACACAUUUCGACUUGUUGAUAAUUGAUUUUGAUAAAGGAAACAUUUUUUCUCCUAUCUAAAAAUGUGUGCUUCUGAAUGUAGCAUGAAAAUCAACUUAUCAAAAGCGCAGAGAAAAAAUAAAAUACAUACAAAAUUCAAUGAAAAGAUUUAUGCGUUAAUAAAUAUUGGCUAGAUUAUUGUGAGGACGAGAUUAUGUCAAGCUCACAAUUUUUAAUUCGAUUAUCUAUUAUUUAUUUAUAGCUACUGACUUCUAUAAUCACCGUUUUAAUCAAGUUUAUGAAAAGAUAAACUUUGAAAUGAAAAGUAAUAUUAAUAAUACUUUCGAAUGGCGAAUUAAAUUAUUUUUAAAUGCAAACUAAUUUUUCAA